GAUAUGUCCUGGUUGUUGUAGUUCAUGUGGCGUAAACUGUCAUUCCAAGGACUGAGUUAGCUAGCCAGCUAGCUAGCUAGAAAUACUCUGCUGAUAAUCCGUCGGCUCUAUUCCCUUUUCCCCACUCCUCCAUCCUCGUCCUUCACACAUCGAGCUGCCGGGGCAAUUCGUGACAUUGGACUAGCAAACGUUACCUGAAUGUUUGGAGUCGGUGCACUGUUCUAGCUAGAAAAAAAGCUAACGUUAGCGUUACUUAACUAACCAACUGCUGCAGUGGUUGCCAACAGAGCAAACCAACUUGAUUAUAUGGACUGUCCGUAACGUUAAGCUAGUGUAGUUACAAAAAAAUAUUGUUUGCACCCAUUUUAUCAGCUAGCUUGCGGUAAUAACGUACGUUUACGUUAACUGCUUCUACACUGCAAACUUCAAGCACAAAACAACGCCAACACAUUUCCGGUCCUGGGAUGGAGGCCCACAGCUCAAGCAGGUCGAGCUUGUCCAGGAAGAGGAGGAGAGAAGGAUCCAAUGGGGAGGCGGAGGAGGUGGAGCGGCCGGGGAAGGUCUCAAGGUCAACCGUGGGUUUGAAAGACCCCGCCCCCUUCGCUGAUGAGCUGGAGUCGGCCGGGGACGCGCCAUACCUGAGAGUCAGCAUGGAAGAGGCCAAGAGAGGAACCCCUUUUGAUAGGCCGGUGCGGGUGUAUGCAGAUGGCAUCUUUGAUGUGUUCCAUUCAGGCCACGCCCGGGCCCUCAUGCAGGCCAAGGGCCUCUUCCCCAACACACACCUCAUCGUUGGCGUGUGUAGCGAUGCCCUGACUCACAAGUUCAAAGGUUUCACAGUCAUGAACGAGGAUGAGCGCUACGACGCCGUCAGCCACUGUCGCUACGUGGAUGAGGUUGUCAGGGAUGCACCCUGGACUCUUACGCCCGAGUUCCUCGCCAAGCACCGAAUCGACUUUGUCGCCCAUGACGAUAUCCCGUAUACGUCGGCAGGCCAGGAUGAUGUUUACAAGCACAUAAAGGACGCCGGCAUGUUUGCGCCAACCCAGCGAACGGAGGGCAUCUCAACCUCUGACAUCAUCACGCGCAUUGUUCGCGACUACGAUGUGUACGUGAGACGCAACCUGCAGCGCGGCUACACAGCUAAGGAGCUCAACGUCAGCUUCAUCAACGAGAAGAAGUACCACCUUCAGGAGCGUGUGGACAAGGUGAAGAAGAAGGUGCGUGACGUGGAAGAAAAGAGUAAAGAGUUUGUGCAGAAGGUGGAGAACAAGAGUAUCGAUCUCAUUCAGAAGUGGGAAGAGAAGUCCCGGGAGUUCAUCGGUAACUUCCUGCAGAUGUUCGGCCCAGAGGGAGCGCUGAAGCACAUGUUGAAGGAGGGCCGUGGUCGGAUGCUUCAGGCCAUCAGCCCCAGACAGAGCCCUAGCAGCAGUCCCACGCGUGAGCGCUCCCCCUCGCCCGCCUUCCGCCUGCCUUUCUUAAACAAGAUGUCGCCCUCCCCGCCACCCCAGUACAGCGCCGCAAGGGGGUACCCCAUCAGCGAGGACGAUGACGACUCUGAAGAAGAUUAGGGCUCCCGAAAGAGGGGGGGAAAUCCUGGUCUAUUAGUCCUGCCCUUUGGGCCAUUGACAGUAUAAGAGUUGAAGCCCCUGCAGCCAGUUAGCAAAGUGUCACCUUAUAUCUGUCUAGAAUGAUCCCUCACUUCAGUUACCCCCACCCCCAUAGUUGUACCACUUCAGCAGUCAGUCGAGGAGGGUUUGUGCACACUUGGGUUUUGACCGCUGAUGUUGCUUUUCUGAUCGCACAUUUCAGUUGUCACGUCUUUCCUGGUCGGACACCACUAAUCACUGGAGCCACUCAAUUAACGUUUUAAUUUCACAUUAUCGAUACUUUCUCCUCACCGAUGAGAACAUUUACUGCUAUUAAUUUGAUUAAUAGCCUGCUUCAUUCUUACUCUUAGUGAGUAGAUUUUAUUUUUGUUAGCCAUGAGUUCCUGGGGAAUUUCCUGUUUUGUGUUGUAGACUGAGAGUGGAGGUGUUGGUCUUCUGUUGAAUUCCUUCCCAGAUGAUCUGAGAGUAAUUUUCUUUUUUUUUAGCAGUGUAGUCCAAUGACAACGUCCGCCCUCCCCUCCCCCUCAGUGUUUAUUAUUUUUUGUGUGUGUGUAUGCAUGUACAGUAUCGUGUGUUUAAACUGCUUGUUGUUGUGAAGGCAUGUUAAUGUCCUCCAUCAAUGGACUGGACCUGGACUCAACUUGACCUGUUUGCACACAGUACAUAUAAUUGAUCUCUGUGGUCAGGUUGGAGGUCAGGCGUUGGACAGAUGAUUUCAGAGCACAGUUUGAAAUAGACAACUGGAUCUCAUUCAGCAGGGCUACAUGGAGAGGUUUCCAGGAGGGUUUAGCCCAACCCAAAAACACCGAUCUGCCCAAAGAUGAGAUCACAUUUUAAAUCGACUGUAAGUUUUAUCCGUGGUAAAUCGGUCACUCCUUAGUUAGGGAUCACUUUGUUUCUACUGUCGACUGAUCCUUUGUUUAUCUUUGGGUGUGGUCUUUGUCUCCUUGGGCGAGAAAGCAGGAGUGUUUGUUUUGUUUCCUAUAUAGUUUAAAUAUGGGAUUAUUUUAAGCAUAGUAUUGUUAUAAUGUUGAACUGCCUACAUUAACGGUUGAUGAUGGUAGGAUAUGAUUCCAUAAACUCUCAUCUGACUGGACUGAUUACUUGGGUCAGUCAGUUUUAAGUUUGCUUCUCAUUAGGGCCAUGUCAGUAGAUCCCUUGGAGGUGUCUAAAAUGUAACAAGCCAAUACUAACCUCACAGUCUGACAGAUUCAAAUGCACAUGGCUCUUAGAGCAGCACAGUUUCAACCAUUGUUUUACUGUAUGGGUUCAAUUUGAUUCGCACAUGAAUGUGCAGAGCUGAAUGAACCCAGGGGAACGAUUAGAACAUGGAAUAAAAAAAAAAAAUACAUUAA